AUGGAGCCUCGGGGUGAGAAGUCGGGAGAGGCCGACGGGGUGCGCGUCACCCCUCAGCUGCUCAAGGCGCGCUCAGGUGAGUUCGCCCUGGAGUCCAUCCUGCUGCUGAAGCUGCAGGGCCUGGGGCUGGUGGACCUGGGCUGCCUGGGGGAGUGCUUGGGCCUCGAGUGGCUGGACCUUUCGGGCAACGCACUCACCCAGCUGGGCCCACUGGCCUCCUUGCGCCAGCUGGCUGUGCUCAACGUGGCCAACAACCGGCUGACGGGGCUGGAGCCCCUGGCCGCCUGCGAGAAUCUGCAGAGUCUCAACGCCGCGGGCAACCUGCUGGCCGGCCCCGGGCAGCUGCAGUGUCUGGCGGCGCUGCGGGGCCUCGAGCGCCUGCGGCUCCGCGACCCUUUGGCCCGGCUCAGCAACCCGCUGUGCGCCAGCCCCUCCUACUGGGCCUCGGUCCGAGAGCUGCUGCCUGGCCUGAAGGUCAUCGAUGGCGAGCGCGUGAGCGGGCGCGGCAGUGACUUCUACCAGCUGUGCCGGGACCUGGACAGCUCCUUGUGCCCUGGCUCCGGCCCCGGCCCGCGAGCCGUGGAGGCCCAGCCCUGGGUGGAGCCCGGCUACUGGGAGUCCUGGCCCACGGGCAGCAGCUCCAUCCUGGAGGAGGCCUGCCGCCAGUUCCAGGACACGCUGCAGGAGUGCCACGACCUGGACCGCCAGGCCAGGGACAGCCUGGCCCAGGCCGAGCAGGCGCUCAGCCCCGCCCGCGCCACCUCCUUUGUCUUUUGA